CAGUCAGGAUGGCAGCAUCGGGUUCCUUCCCGCUGCUGGUCGAGGGUUCUUGGGGUCCCGACCCCCCGAAGAACUUGAUCAACAAGUUGCAAAUGUACUUUCAGAGUCGGAAGAGAUCGGGAGGAGGGGAGUGCGAGGUCGUCCCGGAGCCGGGGAACCCAGCACGCUUCCUGGUGCUCUUCUUCCCAGAGGAUGUUCGGCAGAACGUUCUGGAGAAAGGGAAUCAUGAGUUAGUGUGGCAAGGAAAAGGAACAUUUAAGUUGACUGUCCAGUUGCCUGCAGACCCGGUGGAAGCCUCAGUCUCUAAGGAGGCAAGGAAGGCACCUCCAGAAGAGGAGUCCAAGACAAAGGAAGAUGCUGUGAAACCAGGUGAUUUGGAUACAACACAUUCUCCCAGUGGUGGAUCAGAAAAAACGGAAGAUGUCCCAAAAGAGUAUGAAAAUACUUCCUCCAUGGUGGCAUUUGAAAAUCUGCCCGAGAAAGUAUCAGAGAUGGUGCUGACCUUCCUCGUGGAGAAUAUAAGUGGCCUCUCCAGUGAUGACUUUAAGGUGGAAGUGAUCCGAGAUUUUGCUGUUGCCGUGGUUACCUUCCAGAAACCUAUAGAUAUCAAAAAAUUUAUUAUUGAUUGUAUCAGCCACCGCUCAAAUCAACAACUCCAGCUUGCCCCAAGACUUCUGGAAGCGACGAAUGUGGUCAGGGUAGAAAACCUGCCUCCUGGGGUGGAUGAUUACCAGCUGCAACUCUUCUUCGAAAACCCUUUCAACGGGGGCGGAAGGGUCGCCCGAGUUGAGUGUUUCCCAGAAGAGAGUUCGGCGCUGGUUGAGUUUUGUGACAGUAAAGUGUUAGACACCAUUAUGGCCAAGAAACACAGUUUCAACAAGAUGCCGCUGUCCGUCUUCCCCUAUUAUCCCUCUCUGGGCACAGCCCUGUAUGGUGAGGAGAAACCUCUGGUCAAGCUUCCAGAAUCUUUCCAGGAGUCUCUGGAUCUUCCUUUGUGGAAGUUCUUUCAGAAAAAUAACCAUCUGAUUGAGGAGAUAAAUGAUGAGAUGAGGCACUGUCACUGUGAGCUGACAUGGUCUGAAAUCAAUGGUAAACUGACCGUCAGACCUGCUGCCACCUUAGUCAGUCAUAGACGGAGCAUCAAGACCUGGCAGAAAGACGUAUCUGCAGCUCUCUCUGGCAUCAAGUCUAAGUAUGAAGUGAAGUUGUUUGAAGUGUGCUCGCCAGUAUGGGACAUCAUAAAGCAUGAACUGGAGUUAGGAGAUGACAGGGUUUUGAUUGAGUUUGAAAGAGAGAGUCUAAACGUAGCAGGAAAAUCAGAAGACGUUCAAGGCAUUAGCCAGCAAAUCAGGGAACUAAUAGAGAGCACCACUGAGAAGCUCAGAAGGGAAGAGCAGAGUCUGAAGGAGAAAGUGGCCAUUUCCCCAGGAAAGCAUUCUCUUUUGCACCACAGUGGCUUCCUGAAGUAUCUGAGCACACAAUACCCAGAGAUGGAGAUCUCUUACGAUGCCACGGCUCAGUUCCUGUGCUUUAAGGGCUUCCGUGAAGAUGUGUACAAAGUAAAGUGUGACAUCCAAGAAAAGGUGUUUUCCAUGGAUCAGAAAGAUGUCCAGGUUUCUUCUGAAGUCUUCGAAUUUCUGCAGCAAGCAGACAGUCAGAGACUCUCCGAGACUCUGUUUGAGGCUCAGAACAUUCUUGCCACAUACGAGCUGAAAGGUGCAGCUCUUCUCUUAAUUGGAAGUUCUUCCAAAGAUCUGGCAGAAGCUGAGGAACAAAUGCUCAGUGCCUUAAGUCAUAAGCACAUUGAAGUUGAGGACAAGGAAGUUCUGAGAAGUAAUGCGUGGAAUAAGAAAAUUUCCCCUCUGAAAAAGAGACUCGGUUCCUGUGCAACCAUUGUGGUCAAGAACGAAUUGACUUCAGGAAUCCCGGCUGCGGUCAUUGUUGCAGGCUGUGUGAAAGAAGUGAAUGAAAUCCAUAGCCAGCUUUUUGAGUUUUUGGAAAACAACAUGAAAGUUGAAAGAGCGGUUAAAAUCGAACCACCCUUGAUUAUUAACUAUUUAAGGACAGACAGGAGGCUAUUGUCAAAGAAGACCAGUGUGCUUGUGAAUUUUAGGCCUAACGACAUUUUGCUAAUUGGCUCCAAGAACAAAGUUCUAGAGUGCAUGGAUCUAGUCAAGGAAAUCCAGGAUUCAGUCUGUGUCAAAAGAUUCCAGACUGACAAAGCUGGUGCCAGGCACUUUUUCCAGGAUAAAGAAUCGUAUUACAAAACGGAGAUUAAACACCAGUAUGGGUGCAUCAUUGAACUGGAGGAGGAUAAAGAGGAGGGUGAAGAGGAGGAGGAGGACAGCACCAAGGAGCAGAAGUGCCACUUACAGAGGGACAUAGCCCCCGGAGUCAAACUGAUGGUCCACGAGGGAGACCUGAGUCGGUUUUCUGCUGAUGUGGUAGUGAAUGCAGCAAAUGAGAACCUGAAACACAUCAGUGGUCUUGCACUGUCUCUCUCAAAGGCAGCUGGCCCCAAACUCCAGGAUGCAUGUGACCAGAUAAUACAGGGGGAUGGCAUGGUCCUACCUGGCAAUGCUGUUAUCACAGAAGCAGGCAAGCUCCCUUGUCAUUAUGUCAUCCAUGCGGUAGGGCCUCGAUGGAAGGGAGAUAAGGUCCUGGAGUGUGUGAGCCUGCUGAAGAAAGUUGUGAAACAGAGUCUCACUUUAGCUGAAGAGUACAAGUGCCAGUCCAUAGCUAUACCAGCGAUCAGUUCUGGAAUCUUUGAUUUUCCCUUAGACCAGUGUGUGGCAACCAUUGUUUCAGCCAUCAAGGACAGCUUCCAAUUCAAGCAAGACAAACACACCUUGAAAAAGAUUUACCUGGUGGGCAUAUCUGCAAAGGUGGCCGGGGCCUUUGCUGAAGCUGUCAAGGCUACGUAUAAAGACACCUUUUUCCACCCAGCUUCCUCAUCCACUUUAAAAGCAUCAGCACCACUUGGGAAAAUGCCCCAGAAACCAGGCAGUCUGCUGGUGUCACCAGAAGGCCUGAAAAUCUGCCUGAUAGAAGGAGGCUUGCAGAAUGCUCAGACCCAUGCCAUUGUGAACUCUAUCUCCCCGGAUCUUAUACUCAACAAAGGACCCCUUUCUCAGGCCCUCUUGGAAAAGGCUGGGCCAGAACUGCAGGAGGAAUUGACUGAGGCAGGACAAGGAGUGUCUGUCAGUGUGGGCACAAUUCUCCAAACCAGUGGCUGUAAUCUCAACAGCCAUCACAUCUUCCAUGUGGUGACUCCACAAUGGAAAAGCAACAACAGUGCGUGGUCACUAAAGAUCAUGAAAAACAUCAUCCAUGACUGUCUGAGGACCGCUGAGGAUCUGUCCCUCCAAUCUAUUGCAUUUCCAGCAAUAGGAACGGGAAAUUUGGGGUUUCCUAAACCUGAAUUUGCCAAAUUAAUAAUUUCAGAAGUGCUCAAAUUUAGUAGCAGGAACCAACUGAAAACUUUACAAGAAGUUCAGUUUCUGUUGCACCCGAAGGACCAUGAAAACAUUCAGGCAUUUUCGGAUGAAUUUGACAAAAGAAAUAAUGGAGAUCCUAGUGACAAAAAUCCCAAGGCUGAAGACACACAAGGUAUCUAUGGGAGUCUUUCCAGCCCCACUUUAGGAGUGCAUGAGAUGAAUAUUGGCCCGAUCCUCUUCCAAGUGGCCACUGGGAACAUCAUCAAGGAAGUGGCGGAUGUGAUUGUCAAUUCAACGUCAGUCACGUUUAAUCUCAAAUCAGGGGUCUCCAAAGCAAUUUUGGAAGGUGCAGGACAAAUCGUGGAGCAAGAAUGUUCUCUCUUGGCUCAACAGAGUAACCGUGAGUAUAUAGUCACUGGAGGUGGAUUGUUGAAAUGUAAAAAUAUUAUUCAUGUUAUUGGUGGGAAUGACGUCAAGACAUCAGUUUCCUGUGUUUUGGAAGAAUGUGAACAACGGAAGCACUCAUCCAUUUGCCUGCCAGCUAUUGGCACAGGAAGUGCUCAGCAGGACCCAGACACCGUAGCAAAAGCGGUGAUAGACGCCAUUGAAGAAUUCGUCCAGAAAAAAUCAGUGCAGUGUGUGAAGAGAGUUAAAGUUGUUAUCUUCCAGCCCCAUAUUCUGGAAUUGUUUUAUGACAACAUGAAAAAAAGAGAAGGCUCUCCAGCUCCCCCCAAGCCGUCAGUGGUGUCCAGGAUUGCCUCCCUUUUUCGCUUUCCCAAGCAAGCUCCCCCCAAAAAGAACACCCCGGUUUUGAAAAAGAAAAUAGAGCUCACAGUUUUCCAGGUAUGUGGUCCAGGUGUAGACAGUGUGGACAGGGCAAUCUCCUGGUUAAAGGACCUGAUCACUAAGGAGCAGUUUACCUACACCAGUGAGGAUGAGUGUGUCAGAGACUUUGCCGUCGAGGAGGUCAGUAAACUGAAUGAGAUGCAGAAGAGGCUGAACAUCACUAUUGACCUGAACCGGAAGAAACCUUUGAUUGAAGUUUCGGGAAUUAGCAGAGAUGUGGUAAAAGCUAGAGAUGAGAUUGACAGCAUGAUCCAGAGCAUCCGAUUGGCUAAAGAAAAGGAAAACCAGGCAGACUAUGUCUCCACGUUUGUGGAAUGGCAAUACAUUGAUAAUAACAUCACACAGUGUUUUGACAAAAUAGCCAACAUGAAGUUGGAGGAUGCGUGGAAGGCAAAGCAGAAGAGCACGGUUGUCAAAAUUCACAAUCAGGACAUCACGGUGGACCUGAGCACAAACACAGCCACGGCUCCCGGAGGACUGAGUUUCAGUGUUCAGCGCCUCAUCAAAGCUGAAGCUGAAAUCCCUGCCAAUUGGAGUGACAUGAAUCAGAGAAAAUUGCUUGUGGUGACUCUGCAAACCGGAAGUACUGAAUACAACAUGGUGGCAAGCGCCUUCCGUCAGACCUGCCCAUACUUUGUCAUAGAGAACAUAGAAAGGAUUCAGAAUCCAACUCUUUGGAGAAAGUACCAGGCAAACAAAAAAGUUAUGGAUGAAAAGAAUGGCAAUGUAAGAAAUGAGAAGCAUCUCUUCCAUGGAACGGAGGCUAGCUCCGUGCCACAGCUCAACAGUAAUGGAUUUAACCGAAGCUAUGCUGGCAAGAAUGCUACUGCCUAUGGGAAAGGAACCUAUUUUGCUGUCAGUGCUUCCUAUUCUGCCAGUGACACGUAUUCCAGACCAGAUGCCAAUGGGAAAAAGUAUAUGUAUUAUGUGCGGGUUCUCACUGGAAACUACACAAACGGAAACUCAUCACUGAUUGUGCCUCCUUCAAGGGACCCUCAAAAUGCUACUGACUUGUAUGACACUGUUACAGAUAAUGAUAAAAAUCCGAGUAUAUUUGUAGUGUUUUAUGACAAUCAAGCAUACCCUGAGUAUCUUAUCACAUUUAGGCGGUAACACUUUGAGGUGCCUUCUGAAAGACAUCGUCAGUGUUCACGUAUCUGUGGUAAGACAAAUUUUAGCUGUUUUCCUUCUUAAGCUUUCUCUAAGAGCACAAGGUCUUUCUUUGCCAUGAUGUGUUUCCUCGGCUGCUCCUUCAUAGUGAAAAUGAAUCUUCUUGAGAGCCAAUCACCUGAGAAUUUAAAACAGGUAACAGCUGUAACUUCGUCCACAAAUAUGAACCUCAAAUCUGUGGAAAAUAACAGACUUUUAUGUUCUGGAAGGACAGUAACACCUUUGUGCACUUUUAGAAAGCCCCACAAUCCCAGGUGCCACCAGUGGAAUCGUGUCAGAGCACCACUGUGUUGUGGGACACAGUACCACUGAACCAAUGAGCCUGCUAUCUUCCUUGCUGCCAACUGGACAGAUUCCAAGACAGAGAACUUCGUUCUUCACUAACAAAGCUGUGUCGUGUGGGUUGGACAGCUCCAGCCAGGGUAAUAUACAAACUGGAUGCUGGGAUGUGGCUCUGGGUCUGUGUGUACUGAGCCUCCCAAGGAGACACACAGCUCAAGCCCUGGCCCCAAUUGCCAGUGGGCCCUUUUAAUGUUGACACCAAUGUUCACGCUACCUAGAGAAGAAAUGUGAUGGUGCCUGCUACCUCUUCAGUGAAAACCCUUCUACCAUGUGAAAAUGAGUGAACUCUUAAGGGUAUCUAUUGGCUAGCAUCUUUCCUGUGGCAGGCCAGCUUGUGAUAACUUGAAAGCUUUACGUAUAAGUCAGUUAUUUUGCUAACUUACUAACAGUGUCUACUGGAUGUGAAUUAUUUCUUGUGGUGUCAGAGAUUACCCAGGGCCUCACAGGAGCCAGGCAAGUAGUCUACCACUGAACUGUAUUCCCAGCCCUCUUCUUGUUUUGAGGCAGGAUUCCAUUAAGUUGCCCUGGCAGGGCCUGAACUCAUUAUCUUCCUGCUUUGGCUACUUAUUGGGGCGGGGGGGGGGUUGUCUGUGCUUAAGUUGUUCUUUUAAUUUCCUCCCGUACAUUUCGGACUCAAUGCCAUUUAUUGAGUGCCUGGACCUUUAUCAGGUAGUAUAAGAGGUGUGUUCACAUACAUGAUUUUGUUCCCAUCAACAGUACAGUGUAAGAAUUAUUCCAUUAUUUCAAGGCUUAGGACCAUGUUCAGAGUACAAGAAAUGUCCUUGUGUAAGGUCACCGAGGCAGGAACUGCAGAGCCAGCCAGCCGAGUCUUGGUAUUGUUGUUGAGCCCCUCACUGUAACCAACCACAGAGCCUGGCCUUGAGAUAAGUGUGUGCUGCUUUAGAAGUUAUCUUGGAUGGUCUGAGGCAAACCCAGAUUUCCUUGGCUUUUUUCCUUCUGGAAUUGGUGUCCACUCUACCCCUUAUUAGGCGUUUUCUAGGCCAUGGAGCUGGUGCUGUGUAAUGGUCCCAGGUGGUACACUCUUGGAUGUUGGGGGAUUAAAGUGCUGGUCCCUACCAUUGGCAUCACCAGUGGGCUUCAAGCAGAGAGGGGUCCCCAUUGUCAUCCCAUCAACACCGAGGCCUUGAGACAUUGGCUGUUGUCUUAAGUGGACUGGCAGAGACUGUGGCUUGGGAAGGGACUUCCUCAGCACUGGCACCUGAACUUGGCACUAAGGAUGGGCUGAAGAGACGGGAUGAAAGGGAGAGGCGUGCUCUCAUUUGCCCCUGUUCUCGAGUGGCUUGGUUAAUCAGGGCAAGGCUGAGGUAGUGAGAUGUUACACUGAAGUAUAAAGACCCAGCCAACAAAUGUUCCAGUCACUUUCAGUCAAAAGUAAAUAUGUCAUUGUCAUUUUUUUCACUUCCUAGUAAAGUUACAUAAUUACAU